AUGGAUCAAACGAUCAAUCUAAUUUCCGCACAACUCCAAACCACCCUCAGCGAUUCCAUCCGCGAAGCUCUCAAUACCCAUCGUCCACUUAUCACUCAUCUCAACGCAGACACUACAUGGCUCCUUUCCAUCCCCUAUCCUCCUACAGCCUACAAUCCUUUCCGCAGAUCUUAUUAUCAUAUUCUCAUUGAUCCAUGGCUUCGCGGUGGUCAAAGCGACGUAGCGGCUUUCUUUAGUCAACAAUGGCAUGCGCAUCCUAGUGCGGUGCAAAGUAUCAAGGAGGUAGAGGACGUUAUUAAGGGUAUUGAAGAAGUGGUGCAUAAAAAUGGAGUGCUGGGAGAUAGAAGUUGUAUUGAUGCGGUGGUUGUGAGCCAUGAAUUUACAGAUCAUAUGCAUAAGGAUACUUUACUUGAGAUACCUAGCAGCGUUCCUGUAUUUGCGGCUUCGAAAGCUGCGGCGGCCAUUAAUUCUUGGAUGCAUUUUGAUCGUGUGCGGGAAAUAUGUAGGUUUGACGGGGAUUGGAGAGGUGCUUCUUUUUCGGAGGAUUUACCGGAUUGGGUGGGAAUUUCGAGAGUUGCGAAGGAGGGGGUGGAUUUACUUUAUUAUCAUUCUGCUGUUAUGAUUACUUUUUCUAUUUUUGCGCGGGAUAAUAGUCUAGAUGGAGAUGCGGGUGAGGAAAUGCCCGAAGCGGUCAUUUAUACACCUCAUGGAAUUGAUCCGGGUGAUCUGACGUUGGUGGGGAGUGCUCGGCCGUCUAUUCGGAUCCUCGCGUUACUGCAUGGGUUGCAGGAUAUUUCGUUACCGAGGGCUCAGUUGAAUAAAGGGGCGCAUAAUGGAUUGAAGGUUCAGAGAUUAUUGAAUGCAAAGUACUGGCUUGGCACACACGAUGAGGUCAAGACGGGUGGAGGGUUAGUGAGUUGGUUUUUAAAUCGGAAGGUCAUAACACUAAAGGAGGCUUUGGAGAGAGAAGCCAUGGAGAAUGGGGACGCUGGUGAUGUUGAAAAGGUAGGGAAUAUUAAAUUUUUGGAGGUGGGAAAUGGUGAGAGUUUAAUUUUGGUGUAA